UCGUCUUCGUUUCAAACUUGGUUCCGUUUUCAGACCUGCGUCGAUAUAUUUUUCCACCAUGUCCAUGACAACUGUAAAAGUGAGUAAUGUAUCUCUAGGAGCCACCGAGCGUGACCUCAAGGAGUUCUUCUCCUUUUCUGGCGACAUUCUCUACCUUGAGAUGCAGAGCGAGACAGAACGGUCUAAGUUGGCUUAUAUCACUUUCAAGGAUCUACAAGGAGCUGAAACCGCUGUUCUUCUCUCGGGAGCAACGAUUGUUGAUUCUUCAGUCAUUGUCACUAUGGCCCCUGAUUACCAGCUCUCUCCCGAGGCUUUAGCUUCCUUGGAACCCAAGGACAGCAACAAAUCUCCCCGUGCGUCAUCAUCAUCAAGCGAAUCCGUAUUAACAAAAGCCGAAGAUGUUGUCAGCAGCAUGCUUGCAAAGGGAUUCAUCCUCGGUAAAGACGCCAUCGCCAAAGCCAAAAGCCUCGAUGAGAAACACCAGCUAACAUCCACAGCAUCAGCCAAAGUCGCAUCUCUCGACAAGAAACUCGGUUUCACCGACAAGAUCAACACCGGAACCGUCGUGGUGGGAGAGAAAGUCAGGGAAGUUGAUCACAAGUACCAAGUCUCUGAAAAGACCAAAUCAGCAAUCGCUGCGGCAGAGCAGACGGUGAGCAAUGCAGGCUCGGCUAUCAUGAAGAACAGGUAUGUUCUCACGGGUGCCACGUGGGUCACGGGAGCUUUCAACAAAGUGGCUAAGGCUGCGGAGGAAGUUGGACAGAAGGCGAAGGAGAAAGUUGGUUUGGCUGAGGAAGAGGACAAGAGGAAAGUGGUUGAUGAGUUUGCUAGAGUUCACUUGUCUGAGUCACCAAAGGCUGCGUCAUCAAAGGAAGAAGAAGAUGUGCAAGAAUCUAAACUCUCUGAGUCGCCUGAAGCAAAGAAAGAUUCUGAACAUCACGAGCCCUCGCAGCUGCAGCAAGCUACUCCUGCACCUGUGGCUCCAGCUCAAACUUAAGUCAUGCAGGCAAGUAAAGACAUGAUUCUUGUUGUAAACUGUAAUACUUGGAACUGAUCCCUCCUGAACAUGUGUUGUUGCAACAUUGGAUUCAUGGUUGGUUUGGUACUUAGACAUGGAAAGAAAAACAAUUUUGUAGUUCUUGUUUUUCUUAAAGUUUCCCUUCUGCAAAAACCGUUUAAGAAGCGAGGUUGAGUGUUUUAAC